UUUAUCUAUGGUCACAGAUGAAAAUCGGAAUGUACGUAAGAUUGGGGUACAAAGGAUUUUAAAAGCCAGAGAGACAACUUCUACUGCGAAGAAUUCGGUGCACUCAUUCAUUUUGCCAAAACUGAACUUUAAUGCCACUAAUUACUAUGAAAUGAUCGACUGGUCUUCUACAAUACUAUCACCUCCUCCAGUACUAAGAAAUGUCUUAAAUGCAGAUCUGUUAUCUUCCAUUGAUAACCAACCAUCUAUCUCUCAAUGGAACUUGUCAAGCUUUCCAUGCCACACUCAAGCGGUAGAGCGAACUGUUAAGCUUGUCACUGAAGCGUCGAACAAGUUUGCCUAAAUUUGAUCACAAAUCCCAGUUUGUAAUUAACGCAUAAAGAGAGUUCACUGUACAAAUCUUCACGAUCGUAAAUUUUUUUAAUGAUAGUA